AUGCCUCGUCCUAUCGUGUCGUUGUCGUGUGACGCACACGCACGGGCUGCGACCGGCAAACUCGUCCGCCUCUCUCAACAAGCCCUCAUUGACUGCUCGUGGCAAUUUGAAAACAACGGCUGCGACGGCGGCGAAGACUUCCGCGCCUACGAAUGGAUGAUGAAGGAAGGCGGCAUCAAAUUGAAAUUUUUAAUUUUUUAUACUCGUCCCUUGCACGAAUCAAUGCUUGAUGCCACGGGGAAACUUCCGGAUGGUAUUUUCCACGGCAAUUGGGCCUCACUCGGAGAUUUCGACGAAUGUUUGGAAAUCAGGGCCCAUUUGAAAUCCGUCGGAUUCCCUGNUUUUUCUUUUAUAGUGCUUGAUGCCACGGGGAAACUUCCGGAUGGUAUUUUCCACGGCAAUUGGGCCUCACUCGGAGAUUUCGACGAAUGUUUGGAAAUCAGGGCCCAUUUGAAAUCCGUCGGAUUCCCUGCUGAAAAAGCCAACAAAAAGCCGGAUUUGUUCCCAGUUGUGACGUGUCAAGCGGAUGCCAUUCCUGGGACUCGAAUGACAUCGGAUUCCGAAUGGCUGCAAAUGAUCGUCGGAAGCGUGGAUCCAAAUGCUCUCAUGCAAAACCUACCGAAAAUCGGAAUCUGCAUCCCAUCUACUUGCAGUGCUGCUCAAUUCGAGCAAGCGCUGUUUUCGGCUCUCAAUGGCACAGGAAUCUACCCUUUGUUGUACGAUACCAAUUGUUUCGUGGACGAAGGCGUCAGCUUUGAUGCUGCUGAUUACGUCGUUAUAUUCGUGAUUGCUUUGGUUGUGUUCACUGCAGCCGCUGGCACCGCUGUGGAUUACCAAAUGAUGCGCAAGAAAGAGAGCCCCAAAACCAAGGGUCCUGGGGUGCAGGCAUUGUUGGCAUUUUCCGUGAUAACCAAUGGAAGGAAGCUGCUGAGCACCAAGAAAACUCCUGCUACCCUGGACUGUUUGCACGGAAUCAGAUUCAUUUCCAUGUCUUGGGUUGUAUUGGGCCACACAUACGCAAUUGGUAUUCAAACCUCCUUCUCAAAUUUUGCUCCAGGGAUAAAAUACAUGCUUAGGGACGGUGCCUUUGACGCAGUCGUCAACGGCACUGUGUGGCACCUGUGCAAGAAGGACGAGUCGCCCGAUUACCAGCGGAAGCAGGACAAGUCUCUGGACCUUGCCAGGCGCCCGUUCAAGUUGGACGGCGACAAAAUAGAGGUGGCGAUGGACGCUGAGUGGGGUCCGAUUGCCAUUUCCUUGGCUGUUUUCGCCACUUUUGUGCCGAAACUGUAUGCGUCACCCUACUGGAACGGGGCAUCAGCCACUGCUGGCGUGUGUCAGCAAAUGUGGUGGAGGACUCUGUUGUAUGUGCAGAAUAUCCCGAGUUUCCAGCCGGAAAUCACUGACCAGAAGCUGGUGACGGACGCCACUGUGGGCUGUAUUGGCCAGCUCUGGUACGUGUCAAACGACAUGCAAAUGUACCUGUUUGCCCCAUUGGUGCUGCUCCCGCUGUUUUACCGUCCAUCAAAGGCGGCCUUCGCCUGGAUCGGCUUUGUGGCCAUAGGCGCCGCUGUGGCGCCGAUGAUCGUCAUAUGGCACUACGAUCUGGCAGCCACUAUGCUCCCUAUGUCGGCUACGACCCAAGAAUACUUUGAAUACAUAUACACUGCUUCCUAUUCCCGUGCUGGACCUUACGUCAUUGGACUCAUCUUUGGAUAUCUGCUGCAUCGAACGCGAGGGAAGAAGUUGAUCUUGCCAAAGUGGGUGGUUUACGGAGGUUGGUUGACAGCAUCAGUGACUGGUCUAGCCAUUGUCUAUGGACUACGAAGGUACAUUUCCUUGGAGGAACCUUCACGUCCUCAAAUGAGUCGUGCUGAAUCCAUUCUCUACGGCGGACUCCACAGGAGUUUGUGGGGCCUCUGCGUUGGAUGGGUUGUGUUUGCCUGUGUCCACGGUUAUGGAGGAUGGAUCAACAAAUUUUUAUCUUGGAAGCUCUUCAUGCCCCUGGGGAGACUGACUUACUGUUCCUAUCUUCUGUCUCUCAUGAUUCAGCAAAUUUACCAAUGGUCUCGCAAAACGGUUCCACACCUGGAUCACCUGACCAUG